AUGGCGAUCUGGGCGCACCCGCAGGGCCACGCCGAGGGCGAGACGCCAGGGUCGCGCGCUGCGCACACGUGCGAGUACGUACCUAGCCGCGACGCCUUCUUCCUCUUUGGUGGCUGGAGCGGCAAGAUGGCGCUCAACGAUCUCUGGCAGUUCCAUGUGCCCACGCAGAGCUGGAGCCUGCUCCACGCUGAUGGCCGCAUCCCGUCGCCACGCAACAACCACGCCUCGACGGUCGUCGACGACAAGAUCUUUAUCCAUGGCGGCCACGACGGCUCUACAUGGCUCUCGGACUUGUACGUGUUUGACACCCAGCGGUGCAAGUGGAGCGUCGUGACCACGUCAGGCCAUGGCCCCAGCGCCCGCGCGUGCCACACCAUGUCGCGCGUCGGCCGCAAGAUCUACGUCUUUGGCGGCUUUGACGGCGUCAACUGCUUCAACGACAUUGACAUCCUUGACCUCGAUACCUAUACGUGGAUCCACCCGACGGUGCAUGGGUACCAGCCGGCGCCGCGCAAUGCGCACACCGUCUCGAUCCGGGGCACCACGUUGUACAUGUUUGGUGGGCACUCGGGCGCCAAGCAUUUGCGCGACUUGUACGAAUUCCAAACCGUGACGCUGACGUGGACGCACUUGGCGAGCAUCCAAGGGCCAUUUCCGCCAGGGCUGCGCGGCCACACGGCGACGAUUCGAGACCACAAAAUUUACUUUUUUGGCGGCUACGAUGGCCGCGGCCGGUCCAACGAGCUCUUCAUUCUCAACCUGGGUCUGAUCAAUUCUCCAUCCUCUUGCGAUAGUUCAAUAUCAUGCUAUAUAGAUGGCAUGUGCUGGGAACGGCCACCGGAAAUGGACGCAGUGCCCACGGGCCGCCAGCGCCACAGCGCCUGCUUGGUCGGAGCCAAGAUCUACUUUGUCGGAGGCUUUGACGGCUUCAAGUGGAUGGACGACAUGUACAUUCUCGACAUUGGCUGCAUCGAGGAGCAAGGGCUCAGAGCCACCGCGCAAGCUCUCGUCGUCGCCAACCUUCGCCACUUGCUAUUCGACCAAGAGGCAAGCUACAGCGACGUGACGUUCCUCGUCCAAGACAAGCCGAUUCGCGCGCACAAGGCGAUUGUGGCGGCGCAGAGUCCGCUCUUUCGCUGCAUGUUUGCCAGUGGCAUGCGCGAGAGUCUCGCCGAUACGAUAACGAUUCCAAAUUGGUCCUACGCUGCCUUUUACAGCUUGCUGGAGUUCUUCUACACGGGCUACGUCGAGCAGCUCUCGCUCGAGACAGCGGUCGAGCUCCUCGGCCUCGCCGACCACUACUCGGUGGCGGAGCUCUCGCGUCUCUGCGAAAACCACCUCGCACACACACUGGAUGUCGAGAGCGUCUGCGCCGUGCUCAUUGCCGCCAACAUGUACGAGGCGACGAUGCUGAAAGCAAGCUGCAUGACGUUCAUCCACGCCUGUUUCCACGACGUGGUUGAUACCAGAGGCUUUGAAGAGCUCGGCGAGUACCCGAUGCUGCUCCUCGAAGUCACGCGCAGCGCCAAAGCGCGUCGUCCCGUCGACACGUCGUAGGGACAU